AAUAAGAGCUUGGGAAGAAGUUGUUGGACGCUGGAAAUAGAGACAUGGAUGCAAAUUGAAGGAAAUGAGGACAACGACGACAAUGUCCGUCUCGACGCUGGCUUGCCUGCUCAUCCAGCUGCUUUGCGCAGCAUCCGUGCUGGCUAUCUGUCCUUCCACGUGUUCCUGUGGCAGAGGCCAUCGAGUGGUGGACUGCUCCAGCAGUGGUCUCAGUCUGCUGCCUCACAGCCUGCAGCACAACAUCCACUUCCUCAACCUGUCCCAUAACCGUCUGCAGGACCUGGACGGGCUCCUCGGCCACUUCGCGCACCUAAGGACUCUGGAUAUCUCCCACAACUAUUUUAGCAACCUUCCAGUCGGCCUGCCACGGGCGUUAUGGGACAUCCGGGCGUCAGCAAACCGAAUUCGCCAGCUCGAGAAAAACGACACUGCGUACCAGUGGAACUUGCAGUCCCUGGAUCUAUCGGACAACGAACUGGAGCGGGUGGUGUUUAUUAACAACACGCUACCCAGUCUGCGAGUGCUCAACCUAAGCCACAAUAAGUUCUGGACGGUGCCCACAAACAUGCCCUUUAACCUAGAAGUGGUGGACCUUUCUCAUAACUUUGUGCUACAGAUUUUGCCCGGUUCUCUUGAACGCCUCCCGCGGCUGACUCACUUCUACCUGCAUGCUAACCGCUUCACCUCAGUGAGCGAGGGGGUGUUUAAUCGACUGGACAAUCUGCAGCUCCUUACACUCGGGGAUAAUCCCUGGGCAUGUGAGGACGAGGACAAUAUCACCUACCUGAUGAACUGGGUGCAGCAGACUCCAGCGAGAGUCCUGGGCUGCCCUUGCUAUAUCAGACCUACAUGUGGGGAAGUCCAUCUGGCCACAACCAGAACCCGGCACUACGCCUCAUACACCGAGCCUCCAUUCGGGACAGACCCACGAGAAUCUAGAAAUGGUAACCGAUUUGUGCACGCAGUCACUACGGGAUAUCUGUCCAAAUCAGCCAUGCUUAACUUUCCUCAUAACCCCAGCUUUGAGAACACCUCUGGGACGAGCGAGUAUGCACUGACCAAGACUGGAUUUAUGACUUCUACCACAGCUAGCCCGUCAACGCAGACAAGCACAAUACGCACACGCAGCGCCAAAAAAGCAAUGUCUAACAAAUCUCGCAGCACAAGCACUCAGAUCCAUACGUACAACAUACAUACUGUCGCUUUAAACCUUUUGGGAUCAGCGAUCAUCCUCAGCACCUUCUGACACGCAUAUCUGACCUGGUAUUUCCAACUGGAGUUAAAACACACUAAUGUUUGACUGUUAAUGCCUCAUGGGUAAAUACAGUACAUAUUCUCUGUCUGCUUUAAAUGAGUUCUACAGGAAGUAGCUGAAUACUGUAUGUCUACUGCGAAUUCAUGUUGACACCUCAUGACAAUG